UGACUCUGGGCGGGGCCCGGUCGGUCGGCGGCACGCGGGGCGGCGCGGAGCUCCGAGCGGUGCGCGAUGCUGGCGGCUGCGGGCGGCUCGGGCUCCGGCGCGGCGGGUGGCGCCGGGCCGGGCGUCGGUGGGGACGGGGACUUCCUAUCGCGGUACCGGCUGGUGUCGGCUAAACUGCGGAGGCGGUUCUUGCGGAAGCCGAACGUUGCCGAGGCGGCAGAGCAGUUCGCGGCGCUGGCGCGGGAGCUGCGUGCCCAGGAGAGCCUGCCUUACGCGGCAUGGUGCCAGCUAGCCGUAGCGCGUUGCGCCCAGAGCCUUUUCCACGGGCCCGCCGAGGCGGCCGCUCUGGCCGAGGCGGCACGGCUCUUCCUGCGGCAGGAGCGGGACCUGCGGCAGCGCCUAGGGCUGCGUGGCGGCUUCGGCGAACAUGUUGCAGCGGCGCAGAGCUGCGGGGCCUUCGCGGCCCGCUUGCACCUGGAACGGGGGCAGCCGGCGAUGGCGGCUGGGCUGUGCCUGGAGCUGGCGGCGGCGCUGCGCGACACGGGACAGCCUGCCCGCGCCGCCGCUCCUCUGCAGCGGGCGGCCGAGCUGCUGACGGCGGCGCGGCUUCCCUUGGAGGCCCUGCGUUGCUUGGCUGAACGCGCCUCUUGUUUGCUCUUGGGCCGCGACUACGCCGGCGCGCUGGCGGCGCUGACGCGGGCACAGGCCCUGGCCGGAGCCGGCCUGGGUGCUGGCGGUGUACCCUGUGGUGCGUGCCUGGACUUGCUGGCACGCUGCGAGGUGUCUCGGGUGCUGCUACUGCUCCUCUUGCAGCCUCCUCCCGCAAAACUUCUGCCCGAACACGCCCGGACGCUGGAACAGUACUGCUGGGAGGCGUCCGAAGACAGCCCGGGGCCAGGGCUUGGCGGUGGUCCCGGGGCCAGCGGAGGGCUGCCACCGGCAGCGAGCUAUCUACCGGCCGAGCUUUUCCUGUUGCUGCAGUCGGCCGUGCUGGCGUGCCAGGAGAAGGACGCGGAGGCGCUGAAGGCCCUGCAGGCCGAGCUGUGGCCGCUGCUGACCGCCGAACAGAACCAUCUGCUGCAUCUGGUGCUGCAGGAGAUGCUGAGCCCCGCCGGGCAGGGACUCUGAGCGGCGGCAAGGCCGGGGUUGAGCUGGGUACUAAGGCCACAGUCUCUGUUGGCCUAUCCUCUAUGUCCUUAUUUAUUUUUAAUACGAAUUCUGUAACAGAAGCAAAUAUUAGAGUGAAUGUGUUCAUCUCCUCCUUUA